GAAGACCUUCCGAUUCGCCUAUCAGGCCGCCUAGGAUGGGCUCGGGACAGCCAUUUUACGUUGAGGAUGCGACUAGGCGCUACGGACAUUUCUUUUCCAUGACCCACGUCCUAUCCAAUGCCGUCGUCAACACCGGACACUGAUUUGUGGUUAGAGAGGUCACGUCUGAAUGGUAUGCUGCUUGGUGCUAUAUCGUAUGGAAUCCUGGUUACUUUGACAUUACAGUGUACCGACAUACUUUGGAAUACCCAGCGACAAGGCCGAGAGAAACGUUCCGAGCAGCGUUUCAUCCUCUUGGGUUACGUGCUGGUCACCUUCGUUUUAGCGACUAUUGGAUUCGCUGGCAAUGCCAAAUACACUCAGACGAUUUGGAUCGACCGCCGCAACGCCCCGGGAGGGCCAGCGGCUCUGAUACAGCUCGAGCUGAACGACAAGAUUAAUGUGAUGGCGUUAGCCUGCUACUAUGUGAUGGAAUGGUUUAUGGAUGGUCUCUUGCUUCAUCGCUGCUGUACGAUUUGGGGCUGGCGGUGGUACAUCGUAGCCGUCAUGAGUGUGCUUUUCUUUGGCGACAUUGUGGCGUCCAUAAUAGUGCUGGAACGCUCUGGCCAGGGCGCAGUCUUCUACUCAAACAACAUUCAGCUGGCCUACCUAUCGAUAUCCGUAUCUUUAAACAUCAUAUAUACCAUCUUAGUCGUGGGCCGCUUGAUUGCUAUGCGCAACCAGAUCAAGCACGUUCUCGGUGAAGAGCACUCGAGGACAUACACUUCCAUCGCAGCCAUGAUUGUCGAGUCCGCGUCGAUGUACACGGUCCUCGGCAUUCUCUUCAUAGCUGCCUUCGCAAAAGGUAGUGAUCUGUCGAAUUUGAUCUUCCUUUCUAUCAGCCACGUACAGGGUAUCGCGCAACUGCUCAUUAUCAGACGAGUGGCCACCGGCCGCGCGUAUUCCCAUGAUCUAACGACCUCCGGCAGUCCAUCCCUCUCGUUCGACGCAAUCUCUGGCCCGACGUCUGUGGAUACCACCGCCUCCGCUCGUGCUAAUGGCGGGGAGUCGAUAGCUAUUACGUAUCUCUCCCCUGAUGCGCAUAACAAAACGAAGGGUACCGUGCGGUCUACAAAGUCCCUCGCAUCUUCCCGGAACCGCGAUUCCAUUUCGUGA